AUGGAAUUGAAAAUCCCACCAUUCUCCCAUGGAAUUCUGAGUUUUAAGACUUCUGUAGAAGUAGAGAUGUUUCGCCGUAUAGAGGCCUCUUCAGAUGACAGUCGUCAGUGGUACGAGGUGAUGCUUGCCCUGGCGGCUAAAUCAGCUCGUGAACUGACCAGUGCCAUCAACAGUUCUGAUGAGCGUAGGGAGCUUCCUACCAUACCACAACCUACGCAUCACAUUGAGUGGUUGGCCAGAGUCAAUUUUAAGCAUAGGCCAGUGCGCCGCUAUGACAUACCAGAACAGAGACGCUGUGACGUACCAAAACAGAGACAUCAUCACAAAGUCUCCAAGGAGCAAAAUUUGGAUUCCUCCUUUUAUGUCUACUAAGGAGGAGAGUGAAAUUAGUUAUGCAUGGUCGCAAAUGGUAUGCAAAUGUCAGAAACCGAACCACCACUGCCAUCUCUGUAUCACUGGGCUCGACUUUGAUGAUUCACGUCCCCUAUGGAUUGCAUGCUGGGGUCGUUGCAUGUGAUACUGGACAUGUGCAUAUAUAGACAAGACAUUUGUUGCAUGUCUUGCAGAUACACAUGUGUUGUAUUAUUUGGCAAAGCACCGU